AUGGGUGGCCCCGACUCAGCUUGGAAGGCGAACGACUUCAACUUUCCUCCUCACGCCUCGGCCCGAGUCACCGGCUGGCAGCAGCUCUACCGGGGUCUUUCCUCCCCCUCUGUCUUCGUUUGGGGACAGAGCGAUCAUGGCCGCCUAGGCAUCAGAGAGGGCGAUAUUGCGGAUGAGAAGCUGAGAGGCCUCGUCUUCGAUCCGGCAUAUACGGCUCGUGGACUGGGCGGCGCGCCUUUCCCUCUGAGGCUGGAUUACCGCCGACCGUCAGAGGGGCAAAAGAAGGAGAGCCUCGCUCAUCGUCUCGGCGCGGCCAGUGGUCGCAAAGCUGUCAAAGACAGCGACGGUGUAGGGACGCCCAUCAAGGUCGUAGCUGGAGGGUGGUCAUUCCAUGCCCUGACCUCAACGGGGCGCAUCCUCUACUGGGGUCAGAUGGACGGGGACCUCUUCACUCACGAGGAGAUCAGGGCCGAAUCUCCUGCGAUCAUGGACCUCUCGUGUUCUAAAGAUGGCCGCAUUGUCAGAGUCAAGCAGCUGUCAUGCGGCAGAAAGCACGCAGUGUCUCUGACCGAGUCAAGUAGUAUACUCGAAUGGAAAGCGUGGGACGGCGUACGAGUACAUGACGAGCCCUUCGCGCCCCUCGGCGAGGGAAGGGCAAAUGUGGUGCAGCUCGAGGCCGGAUGGGACUUUACUGCUGUUCUCGUCGAGAAGCAGCCUAGCGGAGAUGCUGAGCGGGCAGACACUGCUUCAAAUACCAGCCCGCAAUCCCACAUCAUCUACUGGCACACAGACUGGGUCUCCACCACCGGCGAUCCGCCGACAACGCAUUCCCAGGGUGCGCACGGCUCACCUUCAUCAAGUGACUCCGAAUUUUCAAUGAGCAGAUGGCGCGAUGUUCAUCGUGUUCUACUUCCCGCUCUUCCUACCCCGCCAGAGGAAGUUGCAGAAGAGAUGGACAUCGACUCCACCGAGCAGGCAGCAGAGGCAACAGCUACACGUGCGCCGCAGCAUCAACGCAUAGCACAGGUAGCUGCAGGCGAAGAUUACGUGCUUGCGCUCACUUCUCACGGGCUAGUCUAUAAGCUCGACGUUUCACCCGUCGCACAAGGGCAAGUAGGCGUAGACCUACACAACAAUGACGAGCUGGCCCGCACGCGAGCGGCGAAUGCACUAAGGCGGGCCUUCGAUGAGGCAGAGAGGGAAUGGCAGCUCAUGGAACACUUUUGCGUGCCAUCACGAAUCGCAGCGCUCGCAGCUUUCAGCUCAGGGGAUGGGAGGCUGGCUGGGCUGGUGAGAGAUAGAGAGAAGUUGAGGAUCAAACAUAUCAGUGCCCAAUUCCGUACCUGGGCUGCCUAUUCUACCUCUUCCACUCCUCAGGACGAUGAAGCUUCCAACGACGAUCACGGCGGUAUAGUUCUCCUGGGCAAAGGAGACUCCAUCUCCUCUACUGGUCCUUCCGUGAAACCUGAGCUACAAGGUAUCGGCGUGAUCAAGAUCUCCGUAGGGGACUGGCAUUACGGCGCGCUGACCACUUCGGGGAAGGUGUUGACGUGGGGCCAAUGGAGUCAGGGAGCGCUGGGCAUUUGGGAUAGUUUGCCGGUCGCACCUCCGCAGCCAGAGAGGCGCAGGCCGCCACAGAGGAUCGGGAGCAUGGUACCCCUGCUGGGUGGGAGACAUUUCAGAGUUGGUCUGGCUGGGGCGCGUGUAGGAGGGCCGCAGGGAGGUGGACAGCCGCAGGGGCAGGACGGAGGCGAUUCGUCCAGUUCCUCCAAUGAUAGGCUGGCACUGCGCGUUAUACCUCAUCAAGGGGUGGAGCGACCCACGCAGGUGCGCUUUGAUGGAGAUGAAGAGAAGGUGAAAAGGACUUUCGUGUUUGAUAUCGCCUUCGCUGGUUGGCACUCAGCGGCCAUCGCCGUUGAUUCGCGCCUUUUGCGAGGCGGCCGAGCUGACGAGUGCAAGGGAGAAGCAGACCAAGACGGCGAGAGAUUGGAGGAGGAUGACGGGCACGGCCAGCAGGAUGAUGCGACACUCCACAGUGGCUUGCGUCCCUCGGCAUCUCCCAACUUCCCUGUGGCGCCACUCCUCUCGCCCUUGCCUCCUCAGCAGGGUCGAUCAGUCACCUCGUCCGCCUCCACCAUCCCAGCUGUCCCGCUCUCCUCGAGCUUAGGCACCGCGCCCGCAACACUGCCCAACGCUGAACGACGAGCAAGGUCGGCAGAUGCACCCGCGAGUGACCCGGAGCAGCAGGCCUCCCUGAUCUACACCCUCUCCCUUCUCUUUCUCCUUUUCGGAUUGGGGAUCGUCCUCCUCCCACCAGCCGGGUCAGCUUGGCUGAGUGACGACAACGACGGCAUGGACGGCAGCAUGGGGGAGACGGUGGUGAUGUGGCUCACCCGGCUUGGCUUUUGUGGUUUGUUGCUUGUACCCGUCUAUCUGUACGCGACGAUCGCCAGGUGGGUAGGGGAGAGUACGGGCCGCGGUUAG